AUGGAUAAAUUCAUUACUAGCAUUUGCCAGAAAUACAUAGAAAGACUCUUGAAUCGUCAAAAGCAAUGGCCACCAGUUAGAGGAGACAGGCUCAUCAACUUGCAGUUAGUGGAGGCUGAAAAAGAAGAAGGAUUUAGAGCCGGCUUGCCACAACAUGGUGCACCUGAUGAUAAGGUCAAGCGUACUCCAAUUCUCCAUGGUGACCUAUUCAAAGUCGAAGAAAGCAAGAAACCAGUCAAGAAGCUCAUCGUUGAAGGCAAUGCUGGGAUUGGUAAAACGACACUGUGUACCAUGCUUGCUGAAGGGUGGGCAGAGGGCAAGAUCCUGACACAAUUCAACUGUGUUCUGUUGCUUCCACUGAGAGAGAAUCGAGUGUCCUCUGCCACAAGUCUCGCUGAGCUGUUCAAACUUCUUCAUGCCAAUGAGAGGAUUCGCCAAUCUGUUGUAGAAGAGUUGGAAGAAAGAGAAGGAAAAAGUGUCCUCAUCAUAGCUGAUGGCUGGGACGAGCUUAGUGAAGACAAUCAAUUAGAAACCUCAUUUCUAUAUGACCUUCUCUUUGGUGAUGUUCUUCCUUUUGCUUCUGUUCUCCUCACCUCACGACCUUCUGCUUCAGCUCCUCUUCAUGACCUUCCCUCUGUAAACCGUUUGGUUGAGGUAGUUGGUUUCAAUGAGGAGAAUAUCAAGCAAUACAUAGAAUCAGAGUUUGAGCAAUUUCCAGAGAAAGCUUCUUCUCUCAUCAAGCAGCUUGAGAACAACCCAGUCAUUCAGAGUGUGUGUUCUGUGCCCCUCAAUUGUGCCAUUGUUUGUAACUUGUGGCACACUUUAGACCAAGAGCUUCCUCGUACGCUAACUGAGCUGUACACUCAAAUUAUUCUUAACAUUAUCCUUCGUAAUGUCAAAAAGAAGUUCCCUGAUUGUCCUAUUAGCUGCAAUAGCUUUGACAAGAUUCCGAAUGAUCUACAAAACACAUUUUGGUUGAUGUGUGAGUUUGCCUACGAGUGCUUAUUAUUAGAUCAGCUGGUUUCUCAGAAGAUGAUUUGUCCUUUCGCUUACCCGAACUUGGUGACAAGUUGCUGUGCUUUGGUCUGUUGCAGUCUGCACGAUCACUUCUACCUGUAG